AUGCAACAAUACAAACACAACAGUGUAAUACGGCUCGACGCCGACCUGCUAUUCACAGUCCUUCCACACGAGAUACUGUGUGCCAUAUUCUCUCAGCUCAGCUGGGGCGAUCUCGUCCUGUGCUUGAGCGUUCACCCCACUUGGGCGUCACGCAUUCCCCACUAUGCCAAGAGCAAACUUAGCACGUUCGAAUUCACAACAGACAUACUCAGCAACCUACACUCGCCAUUUAGUUUAGUCAGUCUGGGCCCUCAUGUCGAAACAGUCAUUAUGCAUCAACUCAAUGACCACGAUUGCGUAAUAAAGGCGCUGGAAAUCGUUGUAAAGAAGAAGUGCAACGUCAAGAAGCUCAAGCUGAGCGAGUGCCGUAUCUUUGAUCUUGAAAGAUUUCUUCAGUUAUUAAACCAAGUCGGUGGCCAAACUUUAACAGAGCUAACGUUUGAGCUUCAUCGCGACCAAAUGCCUUAUCGCCACAUCAUUGCUGCUUGUCCUAAACUCACCCACUUUGCGUGCGACUUGGACAACGUCACCCAUGAACCAGCUCUCAUGCAACAGCAGCAACAGCAGAAACCUUCUACGUCGACAAUGACACUGGAAACUUUCGGCAGUAAUAUCACAUACCUUUCGGUCAACAUUCUGCUACAACGCGACGAUCGAUUAUACCCACUUUUACGGAUGUGUCCACAGCUACGAUGUUUGGUGCUUGGUUAUGGAUUUUUUGUGCGGGACGGGGAUCCACAUCGUUGGAGGCGACCGUUCGACCUUGGCGCUAUUUUGGACAUGUGUCCCCGUCUAGUGUAUUUCCAGUGUAACUCGUGGGAAAAUAAUCCGGCCUGGAUCAUGCAUGCAAGACAGCAAUCGUCACGGCUACCGCAUUUACUAUUCAAAAGCGAGGAAGAACAGCAGCAGCAACAAGGGGGUCUACGCGAAUUCAUUACGGACCAUUGUGGAAUCUAUGACAGCAAUCAGAUCAUGCCUCUUUUAUUACAACACCGAAACACACUGGAAGUGGUCAAAUUGAACCGCAUUAGGAAGGACAAGCAGGGACAGCAACAACCAUGGCAACGGCGUAGUACCAAAUCAUGGUUGUACGAACUGGAUGAUCAGCGACAACAGCAGGCGCUUAAGGCUGCUAAUACUGGCGAGGACAACCGUAACUUCAAUCGAUUACAUACACUGGUUCUCAAAAGCAUAGAGUCCGGUGAGCCACACCAAGUUGCAACUCUCAUACGACGGUGUCCAAAUUUGCAGGAAAUCAGUUUGGAUGGAAGGAUGGUCAGUGCGCCUGUUUUGGACGCAUUAGCGGCAACAUGCCCGCAUCUCCGACGACUCGAUCUUAAAGGAACUUCAGAAACAAAGGAGGAUGGAACCAUCAUCAUGCACGCUUUAAGAAACUUUAUACAACAUGGAAGCAUGACGCUGAAAUCCAUGCGACUGGCGAAGCUAAAGGCCAUUACAAACGAUUUGUUGCUCGCAUUAGUUGGAUUGCAAGAGUUGGAACUGGCUGACCUGCCCAAUAUAUCCGAAUAUGGGAUGAAACAGUUUAUCGCAAGUGCUAGCUCAUAUCAGCAGAAAUCAAGUCGCGAUAGUAGUGGUGGUGGACAUCAUAAUCAUCGUCGUCGUGGUGCUUACCAUGGUACUACUACUACUACUAAUGGCGGUGCUCUGAGAACGCUGGUCGUCAAGGAUAUGCAUGUUAUCACAGAAGAUUGUUUGCGGGCAUUAAGCCGGUCCGAGAUCCUACACACGUUGCAGCUCUGUCGGUGUGGUACUUUAUCGGAAACUGGCUUGAUGGAGCUUGUUGCCAGUAGAGACACGAAUAACGACAAGCGCAAACGCAAUAAUGGUUUAAAAGAGUUGUUAAUUGAUUGUUGCACUGUCUCCAUUGAUGCCUGCGUUGAAAUUCAGAAAUGCUUUGGUCGACGAUCCAUACGAGGUCCAUCAAAGUAUUGGCCAGAGUUGUGA